AUGCCUCCUAAACGCAAGUCGGAUACAGGGUCCGGCGGCGCGCCUAAGAAGUCCAAAACCGAUGGUGACGACACUGUAGCCCUAGCAGCGCGUUAUCGGAUCGCUCGACCUUCCGCAAUCUGCCCACGCUAUCGCCCUGCAUCUGAGGCCGAAGAGGAAGAGGAACAAGAAGAUGGUGGUGCAGGAAAGGCCAGCGACCCGCAGAAGAAUGCUAUUUGGACUCGCAAUAGCGGCAAGCCUUGUGUCUGCAUGAAGCCAUCGGCCGAAAACCCCGAGCAUAUUUGGGUCAUGACCUCGGCAAGCCUCAAGAAGUUUGUCGCGUUGCAAAACCAGACGUUCUUUCGUGAUCCGGACAACUUCGGCAUAUAUGUCUACAACGACUUCUACGCCUACGGUAUCACCGAGUUGGUGCAAAACGUGCUGCUGGAUUUCGACGAGGCCAAGUACAACUGGAAAGAGCAGUGGGCUCUGCUUGGAACCACGUUCCUCGCUAUUUUGGCCACUCUGGAACGCAACGAUCUCCUGAAGCCGGACUCGGAAAUCAAGAGUCUCCGCGCAACCAUGGCGUCUUGGAUCCAGCUUGCAAAUGAUUCGACGUGGGAGGACGGCUUUGAUAAUGCCGAUGCUCGGGUCUAUGCCUAUGCCACUAAGCACGGCAUUGACUUGUCCGGAUCGGGCAUGUAA